CCUCGCCCCACGUGCAAGAUCAUCCUCCAUUUCACGCAGCCAAGAUGACGUCGACCGAGCCGGCGAUGCAAGUGUUUGAGUGCGUCCGCAACAUGUGGGCGACGCGGGCCUUGGCGACGGUCGCCUCGCUCAAGAUCCCGGACCUCCUGCGCGACGGGCCGCUCAGCGCCGACGAGAUUGCGGCGCAGCUCGGGCUCCACGCCGACAGCGUCUUUCGCCUCCUUCGUGCGGUCGCGUCCAUGGGCUUUCUAUCGCACGAGGAUACGACGGUCUUUGCGCUCACAUCGUCGGGCGAGGCGCUCAUCUCGGACGUCCCGGGCUCGAUGCGCUCGUACCUCGUGGCCAUGACGGCGCCCGGCCACUGGCUGCCGUGGGGCAACCUCGAGCACACGAUCCGCCAUGGCACGCCGGCCACCGACAUGGAGCUCGGCGCGGACCUCGGCAGCUACUACGCCAAGCACCACGACGAGGGCCACCUCUUCAACGACGCCAUGGCCAACGUGUUUGCGAUCUCGGGCGCUGUCUGCCUUGAGCACUACGCCUUUGAAGACGUUGUGACCGACGACAUGACGGUCGUCGACGUGGGCGGCGCGCACGGCGACUUCCUCGUCGAUGUACUCGCGGCGCUCAACCGCCCCGAGACGAUCCGGGGCAUCCUCUUUGAGUUGCCCCACGUGGUCCAGGAAGCUGCCACGUAUGGCAACCUGAGUCUCGACAUUGACUGUGUCUCGGGCGACUUCUUCGAGUCGGUGCCGCCCGGCGACUUGUAUUUGCUCAAGCACAUUUUGCACGAGUGGGACGACGCGCACUGCGUGACGCUGCUGCGUCACAUUCGCGCGGCCAUGCCCGCGACCGGGCGCGUGCUCAUCAUCGAUGUAGUCCUCUCUGAGACCCCCGAUGACUCGACGGCCAUGCUCGACCUCAACACGCUGGUGAUGUUCCGCGGCCGCGAGCGCACAGAAGCCGAGUUCCACGACCUCUUGAGCGCCGCCGAGAUGCAUCUCGUGCGCGUCAUCCGCACUGGCACGCCCUUCUCCAUCAUCGAAGCAGUUGCGAUCUAAGCUCAUUGCUCAAUGAUGCUAUUGACGUUGUGUUGAUCAACAUGCUUUGUGUGCCAUGGCCAAGUGUUGCUUCCACGAGCGGUCCUGCUUGGUACAAGGUGCCAGACCAUGAUGCAGCUCUACAGCCUACGUCGGCGUCACCGUACGGCGCGCUCGCUCGUUCGUCAUGGCAUGGGUUGCGAGCGUUGCCAGCGGUGCGAGGCAGUCGACUGAGAACUGGUUUGGCAGACGCCAAGGGCCCAUAUCUUGGCGUCUGCAUGUCCUCGUGUCCUCCAUCGACUCCGUCCGUCUCACGACCCUUGAUUGCUUGGACUCUUGGCCGGUCGACCACUAGCCCACUCGCCAUGAUGGGUCGCAAGCGCGAACGCACAUCGCGCCAGGCCUCGCCUGUCCC